UUGUAUUGGCCUUGUACAUGUAUCUGUGAUAACGGAUUAUGAUAUGACAAAGUCGGUCAAAAUGGAUUCUAAACUGAUUCUUGUUUUUGCUUGUAUUGGAGUAUCUUUAGGGGGUCACCUGCAUCUGCGUCAAGACCCCGGAACUCCUCAUGGAUUAGGUGGAUCACCAUGCCCACAUUUGUUUUACCAAGGAAACAGCACGUGCUACAGGGUUGUUCGAAUUCAGGCGACCUGGCCAGAAGCUUUAGCGUAUUGUGAGGCUUACCGGGCGGAACUAGCCAUCAUUGAAUCUGCAGAAGAACAGAUGUUUUUAGUGAACAACAUCAAGACAGAGGCGGCCUCACUUUCAUCCAAGACAUUUUGGUUAGGUGCCUCUGACGUCAUGUCUGAAGGUGAUUGGCAGUGGGCAGUCACUUUGGACCGGGUGUCCUACACAAACUGGGCCCCGGGUACCCCUAACAACGGACACAACGUGGAACACUGUCUGCAGCUAUCAGGGGGGCAUAACUUCCUGUGGAACGAUGACAACUGUGAAAACAAGCAUUACUUCGUCUGUGAGACUCUACAAUAGCGGAAUUUAUGUGAAGAAAAAGAAAUCGACUGCAUUUUCUAGAAAUAAAUGAGGUUAACCUUUUUUCAUUGUUCAGUAUAAAUAACCUGAUAAUAAAUGCAAUAUUCACCA